AUGGCUCAGAUAAACUGCACCCAGGUGACAGAGUUCAUUCUUGUGGGCCUCACAGAUCGUGAGGAGCUGAAGAUGCCUCUCUUUGUGGUGUUCUUAUCCAUCUACAUUUUCACAACACUUGGCAACCUAGGACUGAUCCUAGUCAUUAGAACAGAUGCAAGACUCCACACACCAAUGUACUUCUUCCUCAGCAACCUGGCUUUUGUUGAUUUCUGCUACUCGUCUGUCAUUACACCCAAGAUGCUUGGGAAUUUCUUGUACAAACAAAAUAUGAUAUCCUUCAAUGCCUGUGCUGCUCAGUUAGGCUGCUUCCUAGCCUUCAUGACAGCUGAGUGUUUGCUCCUGGCUUCCAUGGCCUAUGACAGGUAUGUGGCCAUUUGUAACCCUCUACUCUAUAUGGUCUUAAUGUCCCCAGGAAUCUGCUUUCAGCUUGUAGCUGCCCCCUAUAGCUACAGCUUCCUGGUAGCACUGUUUCAUGCCAUCCUCACCUUCCGCCUUUGCUAUUGUCACUCCAAUGCUAUCAAUCACUUCUACUGUGAUGAUAUGCCUCUCCUCAGGCUAACUUGCUCAGACACUCACUCCAAACAGCUAUGGAUAUUUGUCUGCGCUGGCAUCAUGUUCAUUUCCUCUCUUCUCAUUGUUUUUAUUUCCUACACAUUCAUUAUUUCUGCCAUCCUAAGGAUGCGUUCCGCAGAAGGUAGACGCAAGGCUUUCUCCACAUGUGGUUCCCACAUGCUAGCAGUGACCAUUUUCUAUGGAACCCUCAUCUUUAUGUACUUGCAGCCCAGUUCUAAUCACUCUCUAGACACAGACAAAAUGGCUUCUGUCUUCUACACAGUGAUCAUCCCCAUGUUGAACCCCUUGAUCUACAGCCUCAGGAACAAGGAAGUGAAGGAUGCAUUGAAGAAAUUAAUUACCAGUAAAAACCAAAUGUUAUCAUCAUGA